AUGACAAAAAUUGGUAAUUGGACACAAACUAAUGGAUGGAAUUUUGAUAAAAAUUUUCAAAAAACUUGGCAUUAUGGAUUAGAUAAAAAAGAACCAUUUGUUAUUAGAGCUGAUAAUAGUAUUGGGUAUGAAGGAUUUUGUAUAGAUUUAAUCAAAGAAAUGUCGCUAAUAUUAAAUUUUACUUGGACAAUAUAUGAAGUAAAAGAUGGUGCAUAUGGUGUUGGAGAUGAUAAUGGAAAAUGGAAUGGUGUUAUUGGAAUGUUACAAAGACAUGAAGCUGAUUUAUCUGUUUCUGCAUUAACAAUAACAUAUAGUCGUAGUUCUGUAGUUGAUUUUACUCUUCCAUUUAUGCAUCUUGGAAUAGCUAUUUUACUUGGAAGACAAACAGAUGACUCUCAAAAAAAUACACUUUUUACAUUUCUUGAACCAUUAUCAUUUUCUGUGUGGAUUUCUUUGCUUGUAGCAUAUCUUGUUGUUUCAUGUACAAUGUGGUUAUUAGCACGAUUUUCACCAUAUGAAUGGUUUGAUACUCAACAAAUUGAUGAAAGAGAUAAAAGUAUGGAUAAUCAUAAAAAUCAAUUUUCUCUUUUAAAUAGUUUAUGGUUUGCUGUUGGAUCAUUAAUGCAACAAGGUUCUGAUGUUAUUCCAAGAGCAGCAGCAACGAGAACUGUAGCAGUUAUAUGGUGGAUGUUUACUUUAAUUCUUAUAUCAACUUACACAGCACAAUUAGCAGCAUUUUUAACAGUUGAAAGAAUGACAACACCAAUUGAAAGUGCUGGAGAUUUAGCAUCGCAACAAAAAAUUAAAUUUGGAACUUUGCGUAAUGGAUCAACAAUGGAUUUUUUUAGAGAAUCUAAAAUACCAAUAUAUGAAAGAAUGUGGUCUGUUAUGCAAUCUAAUUCACCAUAUUCUUUUGUUAACAGUAGUAAAGAAGGUAUUGCAAGAGUAAAAGCUGGAAAUUAUGCAUAUAUGAUGGAAAGUUCUAUGUUAGAAUAUUAUAUGGAAAAAGAUUGUGAACUUCAAACAAUUGGUGGAUUAUUAGAUUCUAAAGGUUAUGGUAUAGCAUUACCUAAAGGGUCACCACUUCGUCAUAUAUUUUCAAAAACUGUUUUACAACUUCAAGAAAGAACAAUAUUAGAAGCUUUAAAAAAUAAAUGGUGGAAGUCAAGACGGGAAAUAAAAAAAUGCACUCAAAAUAGUAUUACUAAAGGAUCAUUUCAAAGUGUAUUUGGAAUUUUCUACGUUUUAUUAGCAGGAUUAAUAAUAGCUGUUCUUUUGUCAUUUGGAGAAUUUUGUAUUGAAUCAAGAGAGAACAGUUUUCGAUUAGAAUUAACAAUACCAGGAAAAUUAUUUAUGCUUUUAUUUUCAAGAAAAGAUCGAAAAAAUAAAAAUAAAUUAAAAAAUAUUCAACUUGAUGAAAUUAAUAAUGUUAGAUUAAUGUCUCCUUCUAUUCAAUUUAAUAGUGAUGUUCAAAGUGCUCUUUCAUCUUUAGAUAAUCGGUCAAUUAGUAAAAUUUCAUCAACACCACACAAAGAAUCAAAUGAUUUUUCGGGAGAUUUUAGAAGAUUAAGCCGUUUCAUACCAUUAAAUGAAGGAAAUUUAAUAACCCGUCGAAUGUCAACCUACUCUGCAAAUCGUGAAAAUAAAGAGUAA